CGUGACCUCCUCUUUCCACAGCUUCCAGUGUGAUCUCUGUCGUUAAAUGAGCUCGAUUCUUCUUUGUAAAUGUCUACAUUUGAACGCACAUGUAAACAUGCAGUGGACGGCAGUGGUUUAUGCAGCGCUGAUGAUCGGUUCCAGUAUCUGCUCCGUGUUGGGGAACUUGGUUUUACUAUUGGUGGUGUCACUCAAUCGGAGUUUGCAAACGGACACCUCGGUUUUCACUUUAAGCUUCUGCCUAUGUGAUCUGGCGCUGGGUGUCUCCACCAUCCCUUUCAGUAUUCAUAACAGCCUUUUUCAAGUCAAGAGCUACCCCAGUAAGAGUGCCACCUGCAAGGGCAGCGCCUUUCUGUUUUUGUUGCUCCAGCUCGCCUCAAUCCAUUCGCUCACCUGGGCAACUGUUGACAAGUUCACAGAGAUCUGCUUCGCCCUCAGCUACCCUGUGAUCUUCACAGCGUACAGGGCCAAAAUCAUCCUCGCAAUGGUGUGGUUCUACAGCAUCCUCAACGCAGCUCUGCCACUCUUUGGUUUUGGUAGUUACGUCUACAGCGAGACAAAGUUCCUUUGUGUUCCAAACUUCAAACCGUCCAGCAUCGCUUUCAACAUGCUCUUCAUGGUGGUGGGAAUCAUCAUUCCCAUUGUACUGAUGUGCUCCAUGUAUGGAUAUAUAGUGUACAUAGCCAGAAACCAGGUGCGGCGAGGGACGUUUGUUUGCAACGAAGACCAUUGUUUCUACGUUCCAGCCAGUAAUUACUUCAAAAGCUCCAUAGUAAUGGUGACUACCAUAGUGUGUCUGCUCGUUUGCUGGCUGCCAUACAUCGUUAUCUGCUUCUAUGAGACACUGAUGGGAAAAGAGAGCCCACAGCCUGCCUCGGCUGUUGCCACGUGGCUUGUACUCUUCACUUCAGCUCUUAACCCAUGGAUCAACUCCAUGACUCAAACGAGGUACAGAGCAGCGCUGCGCAAAAGCCUGAAUAAAAUCCGGCAGAUGUUUGAGUACCCUCGUAAAAACUCCCUCUCUCAGUGCACGACCAUACAGCCACGCCGCGAGAGCAACAGCUUCUCCUCGCCAGAUCCCAGUGUACCUCCGGCACUACAAACAAACAACCAACCCCAACAGGACCUCACGCUGGUUUGA